AACCGUUAAUCUUCUUGGACAGAUGGUUAAUAUCUUCUGCCCACCACAAAUGUGAAGAAGAAAGUCCAGAGGGUGCCUGAAUAUCCAUCCGUACAAGCAGUACUCCGGUGUUCCCCUCACAGAUGCAUUAAGCCUUAGGGUGAGAUGGCAGGUGCUGGAGAGCGCAAGGGGAAGAAGGAUGACAACGGCAUUGGCACAGCCAUCGAUUUUGUGCUAUCCAAUGCCCGGCUCGUGUUGGGUGUGGGCGGAGCUGCCAUGCUGGGCAUUGCCACUCUGGCUGUCAAACGAAUGUAUGACCGGGCAAUCAGUGCUCCCAGCAGUCCCACCCACUUGAGUCAGUCAGGAAAGAGAAGCUGGGAGGAGCCAAACUGGCUGGGGUCCUCAUCACGCUUACUGAACCAGGAUAUGAAGACAAACCUGAGCCGUUCCCUACAGACCCUCCCCACUGACCCAUCAGCUUUAGACGCAGAUGCGUUCCUACCUGCAAAGCCCAAACCGUCUGCCAAGAGGAGCCAAGUAGAACUGAAGAAGUCACGCCUUCGCCUGUCCCUGCAAGAAAAACUCUUUGCCUACUACCGGAGGAAAGUGGCUAUCCCGGCAGAAGAGCAGGCCCGGGCCAAGCAGGCAGCUGUAGAUAUUUGCGCUGAGCUGCGUAGCUUCCUACGUGCCAAGCUGCCAGACAUGCCCCUGCGUGACAUGUACCUUAGUGGCAGCCUGUACGAUGAUCUGCAGGUAGUGACAGCUGAUCACAUUCAGCUCAUUGUGCCUCUGGUCUUGGAGCAGAACCUGUGGUCAUGCAUUCCAGGUGAGGACACCAUCAUGAACAUCCCUGGCUUCUGCCUGGUACGUCGGGAAAACCCAGAAUACUUCCCCCGUGGGACCAGCUACUGGGACCGCUGUGUGGUGGGGGGCUACCUCUCCCCCAAGGCUGUGGCAGACACCUUUGAGAAAGUAGUGGCAGGCUCCAUCAAUUGGCCAGCCAUUGGGUCCCUUCUGGACUAUGUGAUCCGUCCGGCAGCGCCCCCAGAGUCCCUGACACUGGAAGUCCAGUAUGAGCCAGAGCGGCAUCUUCUUAUUGACUUCCUACCAUCCCUGACACUGGGUGACACCAUCCUGGUGGCCAAACCCCACCGAUUGGCCCAGUAUGACAAUCUGUGGCGACUGAGCUUGCGGCCAGCAGAGACAGCUCGCUUGCGGGCCCUGGACCAAGGCGAUUCUGGCUGCCGUUGCUUGUGCCUCAAGAUUCUCAAAGCUGUGGGCAAGUCAAACCCAGCACUGGGCCGCCUCACUGCCAGCCAGCUCACCAAUGUCAUCCUGCACCUGGCCCAAGAGGAGUCUGACUGGUCCCAAGAUGUGCUAGCUGACCGCUUCCUGCAGGCACUGAAGGGCCUGAUUGGCUACUUGGAGGCUGGUGUCUUACCCAGUGCUCUGAAUCCCAAGGUGAACUUGUUUUCAGAGCUCACCCCUGAAGAAGUGGAUGAGUUGGGCUACACCCUCUACAGCUCCCUCUCAGAGCCACAGGUCUUGCUGCAGACGUAAUGGGACUUUACAUGGGAGAAUGAUGCUGGGGUUGUCUGGCCAAGAUGGACUUUGUUUGACUCUUACUAAAUGUUACUCCCCCUCCCCCCUCCCAAAAAAACCCACAACUUUUUUUCUUUAGGCCAUCCAUACUUCCUGCUGUGAAGUUGGUGCUCCCGCUGGAUUUCUUGGUGCUACUGGUCAAGUUCCACUGUUUUCUGUCCCAGCUGUUAUCUGUCAACUGGGGGGAUGGAGGGGAGCCACUGAGCAGUGUUUAUUCUUAAGGCCUGCUGCAGGUGUUCCAACCUUCUACCAAAACACUGUGCCCUCUUUUCCCUAUGCUAAUUGCUGUAGGGAGUGAUCUCCUUCACUUCCUUGUUAGAGUAGGUGGAACUGGGCCAGUGAAUCCAAUGUCAAUUUGAGCAAACUUAUUGUUGACAUCUGGUAUUUUUUCCACUGUCUGACUUCCCCUCCCCCCAUGUGUUUCCUUCUGUUUCACAUACCUUGUUGUUUUCCUUUCCUUUCCUUUCCUUCCUCUCUCUCUCUCUCUCUCUCUCUCUCUCUCUCUCUCUCUCAGACCCAGAAGCGCAUAGCAGCCCAACUGGGAUUUUUUAAUAGGACUAUGUAUAGCAGUGAUUGUAUAACAGAGUGAACUCAGCGUGAUGAUUGUACAGGCAGUAUUUAGGGAUGUAAGGCUUGUAGGAGAAAUAUGCACAUGGCUGACGUUUCUGCCAGAGUGGAGUCCAACAGCAGUCUCAUCCUUUGUAAGUUGGGUGUAUGUGAUCAGUCAAAGGUGCACCACCACUUUAAGUAUGUGCUGGUCCCACUGAACCUGGGAAGAAACUGUUUGCAUGUACAUCCUGCCCUCAUGAGGCUGAGGAGAGAGUGGGGUUUGCCAUUCCUGGCUGGCAAGAUCCAUUUGGUGUUCCUGGUGGAAUUGCCUUAGAAAUCAAGAAUAGUCAAGGUGGGACCUCAGAUGUGCAGAGUAAGAGGCUGAAUAUAGGGCCUAUUUUCUCAGUUUCCCUCUUAUAGCAUCUCUCUCAUGCCAUUGUGGCUUUUACUCUCAAUAAUAGGUAGAAGCAGGUUUACACAACAGAGGGGUUUGCAAUAGACACACAUGGGUCAGAUUGUCAUCUGGUGUAAAUUGGUGAAGCUGCACUGAAGUUGAUGAAGCCACUCUGAAUUACACCAGCUGAGAAUCUGGCCCAUACAUACUAAGUGGAGUAUUAGUGCCUAGUAGCCAUCUAGGAAUGAGUUACUGGGAACAGGAGAUGAAGAGUAUGUAUCUCUGUUUUGGGAGGAGGGGAAGGAAGAGGAGAGCUGAGGUAGAUCUUCCCUUAUGUGUUCCCACAGGUUAAACUUUUACUGUUUGCAGUGUAAAAUCAUUGGGACAGUGGGGCACAUAAUUCACAUGUCCUCUGUUUGGUCCUGCUGUGGGUGGAUUUCUGCAGUAUUUCAACUUCCACUGCCAUUUUGUGCUGUUCUGUCUCUGCUGUCCUUCCCUGCCUGCCUCCAGAUGAUUAUACAGCUUUGAGGGAGUGGCCAGGCACACAGCUAUAUCUCCUGCAUUGCAGGCAUGGAGCACCUAUCUGCUUGGGACUACACAGCUUCGUUCCUGCUGCCACCCUCUGACAAUGGUGGGACUCUGUCUUGAAUGACAAGUACUACCAUUAUGUGUGCGUGCAGUUUUGGAGUUGUCUCCUUUUCCCAUUUUUAACACCCAACCUUUCUAUUUAAAAGCAACACAAAAGCUGAGGAGAUGAAUUGCAAUUUUGGAGACUCAGGAGAAGAGAUCUGAGACCUUAUUUUAUUUCCCUCUUAAAGGUGGUGCAGGGGCUUGUGACGUAAAUCUCAGGGGUGGAGUCCCAGCAGAGAGACUUAGGCCAUAUUUUCUAAUUAAAGAUGGUGCUGGUAAGAUGAAUCCUAGGGAUGUGCAUUUAUCCUAGGCCAGGUUUUCUCAGGCAGUCAGUCCAGUCUAACCAGUUUGUCCGAUAGUAUUCAGUGAUAAAUGCAAUGUUACAUUUUAAAUUAUUUAACCCUAGAUGACUGCUACUUUCUAGGCUGCCAGCGAGAAGCUCAGAAAGCUGUGUGUUAUAUAAAAUCUGUAGUCUCCAAAGGGUUAACAAAUUGACUUUGUGUUGUUUUAUUUUUAACUUUUGCAGCAGUCAGUGUUGGGUGUGGUGUUGGUUGCUCCUCGCUCAUGUUCGUGGAGUUUACCCCUUUUUCUUUCUUGCUGUCUGCUGUCCUUCCAGUAUCAGUCUUCUUGCCAUAAACACAAACAGGUGAGACUUUGAGUCCCUUGGAAGACUGAGAAACUCGCCCUCCCUCUAGUUACUUGAAGGUCAACAAAGCUAUUAAAAUAUCUGGGGAUGGAUGAAUUCCCUCUGUGCAUUCAUCUCUGCAGUAUCCUCGCCCCCUCUCCCCCCACACACUUGGUGCCGACUGCAAUACGAUGGCCUUGACAUAAUUGAGUAAUAGCAUAGUCGGGAAUUAUCAAAACCCUACAAAAAAGGGUGAGACAAGAAUAGGGGGAAGCCAGUGUCUGGUUUGGCUUCGGAAGUCUUCCCUGUUCUUGUCAAAUCUCUAUCUUUAUAUGACACUGUAAGUGAACCUUUUGUUUCUUUCUGGCAACCUAAUGAUUAAUGUUUUUAUGACCAUUUCUUGUUGCUCCAAAGUUGAAUUUGUGUUUCAAAUGGAGAUUGAAGCUGUCUUUCUUUUUCUCUCUCCAGCAAGACUUUGUUGCAUUUCACUUCAGUCACUUUCAUCACUUCAUUUGUUCAAUUCUGAAAUGUAAAACUUUUUCCCCACUGAUCUAGCUGCAAGGAUGUGGCCUCAGCUUGGUUCCUAGGGAGCCAGGUGCUGUCAUCCUGCAGGCAGCUACCACAACUGACAACAGGCGCCCCAUUGUUGGCAGUCUCAGCAUAGGCCAAAGAUAUAAUGGGUCACAGAGUUUGAGCUGACCAUGUACUCCACAGAGAGUGGUUAGAUCAGGUCAAGGCUGACGCAUGAAGGAUGUGGGGGAUGAGGGGAGGCCAGUGUGCUGGAAAUUGACACUAAUCUGCAUCCACUUGUAAGGGUUAUCAAGAUGGCAUCUAUCAGUGUUAAAAUUCACUAAAAAAUCUAGUUGUAUUGAGAGGAGAGUAAUAGCCAGGAGGGCUUCUGUGUCUUACCAAUUCAUGGGCUACUUUCUACAUGAAAUUAAAAUACAGAGCAAGGAUGCCCAGAAUAAAAUAUGAAAAAUGCAGCUCAUGGCCGCUUCCCCAGUUCAAGGAAGGAAGGGCAGCCCAUGGAGACAAAUUAUUGUAACAGGCCCAGAACCCAAGUCUGUUCUGCACUCUUGGCUCUGGGAAUGCCGUGAUGUGUGUUGCUAUUGCUGAGGUCACACACAACUAGUAUAAGAGUUUCUUCGUGUUCCCUGUAACUUCAGCGUGAGGACCAACUAGCUCAACUGCAGGUUUUUACUGCCAUUGAGCUCAAUCUUUAAUCUUUUAAGUCAUUUGAAGAUUUUUAAAAUUAAAAGCAAUUAUGUAAAAAGGCUGCCCUUUGCCUCCUGGCAUGCUGCUGGUGUAGCCCCUGGUGUCACGGAGUCUGGGUGCCCAUGUUAUGAAGUGAGCGGUUGAGAUGCUCGCACAUCUCCCAGGCUGUGUUAUUGUGGAUUGGAAGGGGGAAGGACUAGUGCAUGAUCUGUGACAGAGUGUGUGGAAAUACUGAAAUAAAAUA